AUGGCAAAGCUAGCAGCACCGGCAAGGGACGCUGCCGACAUUGUGGAUGCCAUGGACAACCUUGUGGUGGUGGACGACGACGAAAAAAAGGACGACGCCGAGGCUGACUUUGACGAGUUUGGAGCCGCCAAGGCCUUGCAAGGAGAAACGGUGCUGGAAGCUCAAGUGGCUGCCGUCGAUGAAGUCAUUGCGUUGGCGGAUUCUGCCGGUGCGGUCCAAUUGGCCGAAAAAGCUGCGACCAUUGCCGAAGAAGUCAUUCCCACACUCGAAAAGGAAAACCGCAACAAGUUUGUUUCCCCCAAAGAUUUCGAGUUGCUCAAAGUGAUUGGCAUGGGUGCCUUUGGCAAGGUUUUGCAGGUUCGAAACAAGACGAGCGGCCAAAUUCUUGCCAUGAAGGUCAUUUCAAAACGACUGAUUCGACGCAAGGCAGGCUACAUUGAAAACAUUCAGGCCGAGCGGAACAUUUUGACCCGUGUGAAUCAUCCCUUUGUCGUCAAGAUGCAUUGUUCCUUUCAAACCAAGGAGAAACUCUUUUUGAUUAUGGAUUUCUUGGCGGGUGGAGAAUUGUUUUUAAGACUGGGUCGAGAAGGAAUCUUUCUCGAAAAGGAUGCCGCCUUUUACUUGGCCGAGAUUAUUCUGUCAUUGGAUCAUUUGCAUGCCCUUGGGAUCCUGCACCGAGAUUUAAAGCCAGAGAACAUACUGUUGUGCAAUGAUGGACAUAUUUGUUUGACGGAUUUUGGAUUGGCCAAGGAUUUUGGGCCCAAUUGGACGGAUCAGGAUGGCGGGAAUGACAGAGCAAGUACCAUUUGUGGAACUCAAGAAUACAUGGCACCAGAAAUGGUGGCUCGAAAGGGGUAUGGAAAAGCGGCCGACUAUUGGAGUUUGGGUUGCAUUGCCUAUGAAAUGUUAAAUGGAUUGCCUCCCUUUUCGAGCAAACAAGGCUCGAAAGAACUCUUUCGGAAAAUUAUGCAAGAAAAGGUCAAAAUGCCACCAGGCUCGACGGCGGCUGCCUGCAAACUCUUGAAGGGACUCUUGAAUCGAAAUCCCGAUGCUCGAUUGGGAUGUGCGCGAUCGACCAUGUUUGAAGUGGGAGGAGUGGCCGGACUCAAACAAGCACCCUUUUUCAGCAAGAUUGACUGGGGCAAAUUGGAAAAGAAGGAAAUGGAACCACCUUAUAAAUUAACGGUCGACAAUGACUUGGAUUUGCAGCACUUUCACGAAGAGUUUACCAACAUGCCACUUCCAAGAUCCGUCAAGUUAAUGUCCCUAUCGGAUGAUUUGCCGGCUAGAAUUAAAUCGAGUCAUUUUCGGGGUUUUUCCUUCAUUCAAGAUGAAUUUGUUUUGCCCGAACGGGAUUCGGCCACCAUGGACAAUUAUUGGAAUAAGGAAGAAGAGGAAGGAGAAUCUGAUUCCGAAAUAGCUUCGAGUAAAUGUGAUUUGGAAGACAUGCCAGAAGCAGAACCGGAAAAGAAGAAGCGACCACCCCGCAAACGCAAAAAGAAGAAAAAGAAUGCUGAAACGACGUCGGUGGAUUCGGCGCCAUCGGAAACAGGAGACGCCGCAGCAACAACAACUAUUGCAGCAGACAAGAAGAUCAACAACAGUACCAAUCACAUUCAGACACCACCGCCAUUCGCUACACCAGCAGCAGCUCCAAUGGAGGCAAGGCCAACAGUGGCAGUCACUCCUGCUGUUAUUAAUUCUACGCCACCACCACAAAAACCAACACCUCAACCCAAGCCAGUAUGGCAAUCGGUGGCUCAACCUUCCGGAACCAAAAAGAACGCACAGACAGCACCAACACAGCAAGCUGCGAGAAAAGUGGUGGGCAUGAAUCCGACCGCCAAUGCUUACAAACCGACUCCAACGAAAGGAACAACUUCAUCUUGGAAUACGACGACUCCACAAGCUAGAGCUAUUUCACAGACGUCUUCUUGGGGGAAACCAGGUACUACACCGUCGCCUGCUUCUACUUUCACCACGCAACAACGCCCCGUCGCGACUCCGCAACAACGCACUACUACACCACAAUCCAGACCAGCACCAGGUUCUUGGGCUGCCCGUCUGGGUAACACUCCAUCUUCGGUCACUGCCGAACCAUCUUAUACUCCUCCUCCUCCGCACUAUCCUCCUCCCUCCUAUUCCAGCCCUGCCAAGUCAUCUUCCAAAACAAUGCCACCACCAUCGCCGUCGAGCGAUUGGCGCUCGCAAGCGAGUCCACUGAUUCAACGGGCUAUCAAACGAUCCAGCAAUCCAACAACAGCACAACCGUCGCCACAACAACAACAACAACAACAACAACAACAACAACAACGAUCCAACAAUUUGUUUCCCAAUGCUAAGCCCUCCAGUGGUGGUCCUCCUCCUUCUGCUCCGAGUUGGCCAACCUUGGGUGGUGGCAAAGGUCCAGCAGCAGCAGCAGCUCCUGUUGCUGCUCCCAAGAAACAGCUCAUUGGAGCUUGGGCCGCCAGAUAA